AUGGCAAAGAAGAUAGUGUUUUCUAGGUGGAUGUUGUGUUUGUCAGUAAUUCUUAUGCUGGCAAUUCCCACAUCAGGGAUAAAUUGCGGUGAUGCAGUGUCUGCAUUAAUCUCUUGUGAGUCUUACUUGCUUGGGAUGGGAGAUCCCAAGCCUACCUUGCCGUGUUGCAACAGUGCACAGGCUCUGAAGAAGAUAGUUGUAAGCAAGCCCGACCGCCAGUCUCUGUGUGAGUGUUUCAUGCAGAUUGCACCAACUCUUGGAGUUAAUUUUAAAAGAGCUAAUCAACUUCUAUCAUCCUGCAAGCUCAAUCUGAACAUGACCAUUACCUCAGGGUUUGAUUGA